AUGCGAGCUGUCGUCUUGGAGUUUCUCAUUGUCUCUCUUUUCCGUGGCAUCGUUUCCACUAUGGACACAAUGACUCCCGACGCGACGCUGGAACAAGGGACGGACCAGACUAUGGCGAAAAGAGUACUGUGGAAAAUCGACAGACGACUGAUCCCACUACUCUUCACAACUUAUAUGUUCAACUUUAUGGAUAAGACCAUAUUGUCGAGCGCGUCUGUCUUCGGGUUGAGGGAUGAUACUGGUUUGGUGGGCCAGCAGUACAGCUGGGUAUCAUCGAUCUUCUACUUUGGCUACCUGGGAUGGGUAUAUCCAACAACUUUACUCAUCGCUCGUGUACCUGCCGCCAAAUACUUGACGGCCAAUACAUUUUUCUGGGGUGCUGUAGUGGCUCUCACUGCAGCCUGCACCAACUAUGGCGGUCUUAUAACAGUCCGCUUCUUGCUUGGAGUUGCUGAAGCGACCAUCACACCGGCGUUUAUGUUUAUUACCUCGACAUGGUACACGCGUGAUGAGAUUCCUACCAGGACAGGUCUCUGGUUUGCUGGAAACAGUGUCGGUGGUAUUCUUUCCAGUCUUCUAGCCUACGGCCUAGGUCACGUCAAAGACCACGUUGGGCCGUGGAGAUGGAUGUUCAUCGUCCUCGGCUGUGCAACCUUCCUCUGGUCAUUCGCUAUCUGGAUUCUACUACCCGACUCAAUCUCCAAGGCCAGCUUCCUAACAGAAGAGGAACGCCAGUUCGCAAGCAACAGAGCGGUCGUCGCAGGCACAGGCUCAACGGAAAAGACCGCUUGGAGAUGGGACCAGUUCCUUGAAUGCCUGAUGGAUCCAAAGACGUGGCUUAUCUUCGGGCUGGAGCUCUGCACACAAAUCCCCAACGGAGGAACGCAGAACUUUGCCAAUCUAGUGAUUGUCUCAUUCGGGUUCACAAGCCUGCAAUCGACGCUGAUCACCAUCCCUUACUCGAUCAUCACCAUCGCCGCAAUCACCGGAUCGGGCUGGCUAGCCGGUCGUUUCCGCCACAUGAACUGUUUGCUGGUCGUAGCGGUUGUGCUCCCUUGCGUCGUCGGCAGUGCGAUCAUCUACUCCCGCGAACAUAUCGUCUUGGGGGUGCAGUUAUUUGGAUAUUUCCUCUUGUCGACUGGACCUGCGGCAAUGCCGCUUGCUUUGUCGCUCGUACAGUCCAAUUACCGUGGAGUCACUAAGAAAAUGACUGUCACUGCAAUGCUCUUCCUGGCUUACUGUGCUGGAAACAUUUCGGGGCCUCAGUUCUUCCUUAGUCACGAGGCGCCGCAUUAUAACACUGCUUUCCGCACGAUUAUGAUUUGUUAUGCCCUAGCUGUUGUGCUGGCGUUGGCUUUGCGGUUCUAUCUGCAGUGGUUUAAUGCUCGUCGUGUGCGCCUGGAGGGAUUUGUGGGUAGUUCUGGAAAUGCUGGUGCUGUUGGUGGGAAGGCGUUGGAUACUGAUGAUUCGAAGAAUGUGGCGGAUAUGGUGAAUCAAGUCCAACUGGUAUCGGAUGACUAUGAGGAUGUUACGGACUGGAAGACACCAGGCUUCAGAUAUCGUUACUAA